UCCGCCAUGGUGGUGAGAUGGCUGAUGGUGGCUGCCCUCGUUGCACAUGGACGAGGGUGGUGGAAUGCCUCGACGCCACCUGAACCUUCACCAAUGAAGCCAUGGUGGCGAGGCAAGGUCGAGGAAUGGGUUCCGGCGGCCACGCCUUGGUUAGAUGGAGCCUCAGAGACUUUCUCCAAGGUGGCCUCUUUGACGGAACCCACGGCGGAGAGCGGCUUCGACUGGAGCCUCUGGACGCUGGCUGACUUGGCGUUCAGCUUGCUUGGCUGGACACUCUUCGGGAGCGCCUGGGCUGGAGUUCGAAACGGAUGCAGGCGCAUCUGUCAAUGCUGCAUCCUUCUGGGAUGCUGCAUCAUCGCCCAUUACAUCUGGGCGGUCUGUUGGCCGGUGGUGUCAUUGGUGUGUGCGGUGAUGAUGACGGUGGUGUGGCUAGCUCGACGCCUUCUUCGUGCUCUUGGUGGGGUGGUUUUUGUGGUCCAACGUUUCUUGGGUGGAACGCCCGAGGCUUCGAUGGCGGACUACUUCGGUCCUGGGACUGGACAACCGCCCGAGACUGCUGAGCUCCGCAAGUUCAAGUAUCACGCCAGCACCGACAAAUGGGUGGUGCUCAAAAAGGGUGACCACACAGCCGUCUUCAAGGUGUCCAAUGAGAGCCACCCGAUCAGGUCCAGCGGGGUCUAUAUCGGCAUCGAGGUCGACACACUUCGGGGAGCCCCUUCGCUGUUACAGGAGCUGACGGGAGUGGACAAGGUGCAUUUGUGCAGGAGCGAGGAGUGCAGCGAGCCUGGCUAUCACUUCAAGGUGUACGGCUUGACCAAGAAGAUCGACUACGAGAGCUUCAACUUCAACCAGGCGAACAAGGAGGCUAUGACUUGGGGUUCGAGAGCGUGGCAGUGGGCGCUGGGCGGCUCUAAGAACCUGGCUGCGAAGGUUCGGGACCUGGGCUCCGAAUCUGAACGGGAUGAGGAACCAUGCCAGGCUCAUCGAGUCUUCUGGAGCACUGAGAAGGGAGAUGAACGCUUAGCCCCGGCUCCAUGUUCGCAUCAAGCUCGGGAGCGCACUACUUUGCUCAAAGAAGAUCAGCUGGGGGAGCAGGAUACGGUCCCAUUGUGUGAAGGUCAUGGUUCCCAAUAUAUCCUGAAGCGCUUCGCCAAGAAGUGCAGUCACGCUGAUUGUCGACGGCUAGGACACACUGGCCAUCAAGGGCUCAUGUUGUGUUGGAACCACGAGGAGUCGGUCAAGCAGCGUCGGGCGUCCCGGUCUAGGUCACGGGAACCAACACGGGACCACGAGCUGGAGGACAACCUGGGCGAGGAGGUGAACGAGCUCGAGGGUGACCGUGGGCUGAGAUGGAGACCUUCUGCGUCCACUACAUCACGGAGGAGGAGUACUUCAAGGCGCUUUGACGACGGCUUCGAGGUGGUGUCGGACGGCGUGAGAGAAGGGAGAGCAGACAACAGAGGGAGCAAGGCCAGGUCUUUGCUUCAGGAGAUGAAAGGUGCCCACGAUGAUGUGUGGGAAGAUGAGCCAGACUCAAAGCGAGUAAAAACUACUUCCAAGUCACCGGGGAGAACACCAAAGUCAUCAAUUCACAGGAGCUUAGCAAAGCUGGGAAUGCUUGACUCACCUGAUGGGGGGCCGGAACGCAGCAUCCUGGAGGAGUUCUUCGAGGUCUACACCGAGGGCAAGCACGAAGGCAUGACGGAGGAGAAGGCUAGGGGAGUGCUAUGUGACCGCCAUGGUUCAAACUUCCAAGAGAUCACCAGGAAGCUGUAUGGUCAAGCUUGGGAGGAACAGCAGAAGGGUCAAAAGGGACUGUCAAAGAUCUAUGGACGCAGCGCUGACCGGAAGGCAGGAGCUCGGGAGGAGACCUAUGACCCCAUGGCUAAGUUGACUCAAGCUAUCCAAAACCAAACCUCCGAGAUUGCCACGUUGGUACGAGCACAACAGGAUUCAGGCCAACGCCCACCAGGUUCAGUUCGUGGAUUAGGUCGACAAUCCGAAGAACUGGUCUACUUGAUGCGUGCGUGCGACCAGUAUGACGUGAAAGUCUGCCCUGGUGAUGUGGGGGCUGCGCUAGCUAACUCGCUGCUUGCGGCCCAGGUAGGGGCUUCCACAAAGUUGAGGUCCUUGGGCUUCAGACAAAAGAUCUCGACGAGGCUAGCUGUGGGGUUGGCAGGGCCCUACUGGGGCACAACGGAUAAGCAUGCUUUGACGGCCGCGGACUUCGUGCAGGUGACUGAUGCUGAACUUGACGCUUUCGCCUCAGAGGCAAGACAUCUGAAGGGGCCAGGGGAGCAGAGGCCAGCACCUCCGACCCGCCUCGACGAGUGGAUAGCCCGUGUGAAACGACAGAACCAAGUGUGGGCACUCACCUAUGGCAUGGAAUGGCUGGAGGUCAGGGAGCACGCUUUGGAUCUGCUGGCAGGUUGGCAUCAAGAGCUUCCCCGCAAGUGGCCGCUGCAGAUAGUGAUGGACGCGUGGGAGGAACUUCACUGGCGUUUCAUGGAAGAAAUGAAAGAGGUCCUUCGUCAGUUGAAGAAGGUGGCAAAAAGGGAGUCCAUGUCCCUGGCGGAGAUCAGGUUCCAUGCACUACUUCCUGGCCCAGAAGGACGCGCUUGGUUGGAGCUCCCACGGACUUUCGAUCUACUCAACCCGGAAGGGUGGUUCAAGAUGGAGCUGGAGCCUCGCAUCGAAAGGAGACAGGAGCGGGCUCUCUGGCGCUUGACUUGGGGAGGCGACAAGAAGCAGACCGCAGGGUUGCACGCUGGGGGAGAAAAGGAGGCGGAAGAGGACAGUCGAGGAGGGGGAAAACCUUCAACGAACCUCAUUGGCCCGAAGCUCACCCAGGAGGAAGUGAACAAGGCACGAGAUCGAGCACCUGUUGGAAAAGGGGGGGCAUUACUAUGUUGGGGCUAUCUGACGCAUGCAGGGUGCCACUCCACUACGUGCCAACGGGCCCAUGAGAACCUCAAGGGAUCUUUCGAAGCUUUGGACCCAGCAGUUCAGAUGCAACUACUGCGUCGGGGAGACAAGAUCCAAGCCCUUCGCCAAGGAGUUCAGAAGGACAAGGCCUCAAAGAUCAGCAAACCAAAGCGGAAGGCGGGGGCUGACAAGGAGGACGACGGGGGAGAAAAGGCGGAGGAAGUGAAGGCAGGUGGAACCUGUACCGUCCACUUCAACGAGGUGCCGGAGGAGUUCGAGGCGAUCGACUACACCAAGCAGGAGGACGUCAGGGACUUCGUUAACAGAGACGACCGAUCCUGGGGGCUACCAGUCCGGCAUCAAGAUCGUGGUUAUUUCCCCUUCCAAGACUUCCAGGCGCCGGAGGAGGCCGUGAACAUGGUGGACAAAGCCGAGAAGCUAGCGGCGGGCCCGGUUCUGGGAAAGUUGCAGGAGGCGUCAGAUGAUCUCUACGCGUGGGCAUCGGCGAGGGUAGCUGCAGAUGGAGAAGUUACGUUCGAAGAGCUCAUGGGGGAGAUGGUGGCCUACGGGGUAGCAGAUCUCGCAGAGGAAGCUGCCAUCAUUCUUGAAAAACAGGGCGGCACGAGGGCGGGCGAGAAUACCCGUCUGGUCGUGAGAGAAACUAUGUGGGCCACUGGUGAACCAGGCCAAGGCUCUGUGGAGGUGGAUGGGAGAUCCUGGAGGAGUUGGGACUACCAAGAGGAAGUCUUCAUGUCCGAAGAGCUGGCGGGGAUCCUUCAGAUGCCGGAGCCGGUGAUAGAAAAACGGCAGUGUGUCACCAAGACCUUGGCAGCCGGUAUCCUCUGGAGAGAAAAAGGGAGACGCCCUACGUUGCAGGAGGUCGAGAAUAAGGCCCGGGAGUUGAGGUCGGAUCAGGCUCGGCUGGCGCUGGAUGCAGCCACCCAGAUGGGAGAGGCGGCGGAAUUCGUGACCCCAAUCGAGCACGAGUUGAGGGUGUACCUUCAUGACCUCCUACAUCCAGCCCACGAACGCGACUUCCGAAGCUUAGCGGUUUUCCCUAUCAUGGAGCUCGGGGCGGCCAAAGUGGUGGUGGUGAGAGCGGAUUUCCAAGGGAACUUGCUCGUGGAGACCAUCGUGGGUCCGGAUUGGGAAGAUGGAGGCUGGAUAGUGUGGACCUUGAUCUGGAAAGGGCACAUGGUGUUGUUACAACCACCAGCUGACUUCGAUGGGCUGGCAUGGUUGGCGGUGGAGGAGCGUCAAAGUACCCCGGUCCUUGGCUUCAAUUUCUACUGGCAUGCCCGCCACGAUCAACCCGUGAGUGCCCCAGGACGAGUAGCGCGCCGGCUAUGCCGCCCACCACGUCGAGCAGGAGAUACCUCACUCGGGUCAGGCCUGAUCCGCCAGCAUAGCACUUUAGCUGCAGUGGCCACAUCCUAUGCCAACAUGUAUGGGUCCGGAGUUGCGGGUUCGACCACUCAUCAACGAGCCGUCCGAGCGGCCGAUGGGGCAUCCAAACUGCUCUUCAGGGAGAUCUUCGCAGGGACAGCAGGCAUGACAAAGGAAUGGGUUAGCCAAGGGGGUGAAGCUUCUCCUCCGGUUGAGGUUUUCGCUGACCCGCACAAUCGAGUUGGCUACCAGCCUCAGCAUGAUAUCACUGACCCUUUGGUUCGUGGGCUUCAUCUGCAACGGGCGGCUUCGGGCCCCGAAAACGUGUUCUGGAUAGCCUCGCCGUGCACUACAUUCUGUGAUUGGCAACUUCAAAAUGGAGGCACACGAACUUUUGCUCAGCCUCAAGGUGGCGGUCGAGGGCCCAUUUUGGAGAAGGAGGUCGAGGGCAACGUCUUUGCGGACUUUGCGGCGGAGGUCUUCGUCAACGCCUUGGACAACGGCGCCUUCCCCUUGGCGGAGUCCAGUGGGCCCAGUGGUCGUUACCCCAAGAUGUGGGAUUUACCUUCUUGGCAGGCCAUUCUGAAGAGGCCGGAUGUGGCUUCUGCUGUCUUCCCUAUGUGCGCUUUUGGGUUGGGACCGCCUGAUGAACCUUCGGCUUUCUACAGGCACUACACUAGGGUGGUUUUUCCAUCCCACGGCCCUCUUGCUCAACUUCUGCAUCGUGUGUGCCCGGGGAUCUCCUCAAGUCACAGGCAUGUGCCCCUGAAGGGCUGUCGUCCGGGAGUCACGGUUACCCGGUGCACGGAAGCAGGAGCUUACCCUGCGGACUUCAUCAAACAAAUUGAGGCGCCGGAAGGAGACCACACCCACGGCGAAGGUCCCAAUGGUGAUGAGGGCCCAAGGGCGGAGACCUAUGUCAGGGAGAACCAGACGGAUGGGGAGAUUGCGGACAACUAUGUCAGGGAGAACCAGACGAACGAGGAGAGUGUGGACGAUGAGGGUGGCAACACUCGAGGAUUCGGAACCUCAGCAGGGGCUUCAGACCCGUUGGAAGAACCUGUCAGCUCCCCAUUUGAGUUUGGCUCGGAAGCGGAGGAGGCAGUAGAGGAACCAUCAAGCUCGCCCUUCGAGCUUAGCCCCCAGGAGGUGAAUGAUGAACCGAGCGGAGUGUGGGCAAACCCGGAGGGAACCAGGAACCUGGACAGGGGCAGACCGAUUGACAUGCUUAUGGGACCCCCAGGGGCGGCUUCUAUCAUUCUGCCCGAUGAGUGGGUCGAGAGAGAUGGGCUCAUUGUGGGAACCACUACUGCCGGCAGGGGAGAUGAGCCCAGACCUUCUCGCCGAACGUCUCCAGUCACUGUGGUCGAGCCGGAUGAGUGGCAGGUGGACCGAGCCUCAGGGACGGUCACGGUCACACACCGACAACCACGGAGAAACUUGUUCACGCCGGGCCUUUUGGGUGACAACUUCCCGGGAGUCGCCUACCGAAACGAGCGGCUCACCAGGGCUUGGCCCGUGUCGAGACCGGGGCCGGAACAGUCGGGCCCCCCCAUUUGCAUGUGUGACAACUGGAGGAUAGUGCAGGCGCGGGAGUUGGACAUUGGCCUUUGGACGGGUACCACCACUCUGGUCUUUCAGGGCUAUGGGCUACCUUGGCUGACGGACGCAGAUAACGAUCCAGGAGGAGCGGGACCCCAUGAAGGCGGCGAGUCAGAGGGGGACAUCGACGGCUCCACGGAGUAUGAGGACGCUUCUCCACCGAGAUCGCGGUCGAGAUCCAGAACGCGGACGUCAUCCCAUGGGCGGGCAGGAGCCGAUCGUGGCGGUGAAGGGAAGGGACCAGGAACUUCAGGGGAGAGUGAAACCUUGUUGCACCCCGAGGCGGUUGACUACCUCAACACGAUCAACGGCCUCGACCAGCCCACCAAGCAAGGAUGGGAACGUGUCUUGGAUGCAGGAGACGCUCUACUUUGUGCAGCUGGCGGAGUUCAAGAAGCGGCUCAGUGGCUAUGGGACGCACGAGCAACCCAUGGGCUGGCAAAUCUGAGAGGAGUCGAGGACCCGUGCCUGGAUAAGAUCUUACACCCAGACCUUCUGGCCUACCUGAGACAUGUGAAGAGGCAUGGCAUGGAGGCCCGACAUGUGGGGCCCCGAGAGCGGGCGACGGCAGGGCUGCACCCGAAUGCAAAACGGAACCUGGAGCAGGUCUAUGCCCAGAUCUGGAAAGACGUCAAGAAACAUCGGGUGUUGGUUGCAAGCCAGGAUCAUCCCAAACUGGGCAACACUAUGGCUUCCCCUUUCGAAGCUGUCCCAAAACUUCUACCAGAUCGCUCAGUGUCGAAUGAGGUGAGGGUGGUGCAUGACCAGCGACCCGUCAACCAGGGCACACACAAGGACUUCCACCCGCCGGCUCUGCAGCCCACACACGACCAGAUUGCUAGAAGGGUUCUGUUCUUGAAGCAUCGCUACCCGGGGUGCCAGGUCCACAUCGCCAAGAAGGACAUCUCUGGGGCUUUCCGCUUGCUUUGGGUGGCACCCGCGGAUGUGGAGCUCUUCGCGGGGGACCUCCCUUGGAAGGAUGCAGCAAUGCCGGAUGAGGAGGGCCACAGCGGAGAGGUACGUGGACGCCCACUCACCGUGCUCUACCUCGUGUCCUCUUUUGGGUUCUCGGGCUCUCCGGGGGAAUGGACCCCGUGGGGAAGAGCCACGGAGGAAUUCCAUAGAGCGCAUCGACCUGGACUACCUCGCAGAGACGGGGCUUUGGGUUUUGACUGCAAGAUCCUGGUCGACGAUGCGGUGUUGGUUGAACCACUCUUGGGCUUGAGACCUUGGAUCUCAGCUGCAUGCUAUGAGACAGGCGUCAAACAGAUGUUGGGAAAGGAGGCUGUGAACCGGGAGAAGGACGCAAUCGAGGGACAGUUCAAGGAGGAGCAGGUGAUCUGGGGACUGACUAUGAACGCGGCUUCGGAGAAAGCUUUCUUGCCAGAGCGGAGGAUCCUCAGAGGGUCAUAUUUGUUGGGGGACAGUGCCUUCGACGCGGGGGAGAAGUGUGUGACAGUCCGCCAGGUUCAGCAGUUCAGGGGCAUCACGACUGGUUGGGCGAUUGUGGUGAGGGGCCUGGCGAAUGAGCUCAAGGCGGCGGACAUUUUUCUCUCCAACGACGAAGGGGAUCUUCCAGCUCGGCCUCGAAAACUGGGCUACAAGAACGAACUCUUGGAGGUGGAGGAUGCCUGGGAAGACCUUUGGAGCCUGUUUGAGGUUUGCAGAUGGUUGUGCGCCAGGUCCGACAGGUGGGAGACGCGUUUUGGCACCACCUUGAAGGAGCUCCUCCCUGUGAAGGAACGAUUGAGCCUCCCGAAUGAGUGGAAGGAAACUGUGUGGGUAUCCUCAGACGCUACUACGCAGGUGAUUGGGGCCAUCGACUGGACCUUUGGGGCAGCCGCUAGGGCAACAGUCACGGAGCUAGAGCCAUGGCUGAUGGGGGUAGCAGAACAAGAGAUGCAGGAGGACGGAGACAUGAGGGUUCACAUCUCGGAGAUGCUUUCGCUGGUGGCCUUUGUGUGUGAGCGUGGGCCUCUUUGGAAGGGGAAGGUGGUGCUCUACGCCGGGGACAACUCCACGGUCAGGUGCAAUACGCAAGAGUUUGAGGAGAUGCUCGUGAAGAAGGGUUGGGAGAAGGUCGAGCUGGGCCCGGCGAUCUCCAAGGACCCGGAGGACCGACAGGUGAUGCUGCAGUUGAAGGAGAAGAGGCUCAAGCGCUUUGUCGACAAGCCCUUGGGCAUUCCCUGGGACAAACUCAGAGUUAUCGAGCUGGCUAGCGAUGAUAGAUGGCUGAAAGACUUUGAGAGUUUGGCCCCUGAAGGACAUUCCAAGAUCGGAAGGACCCGAGUCGUCAUCGUCGCCACCUUGCCGGUCGACGAGAAAGGGAUCCUGGUGGACAAGUUCAUCAAGGAGGUCUCUCGAUGGCGACCCUACGUGGUGAUCUGGGAGGGGCCAAGGUGCGCCCCCUGGGAGAAGGCACUCGAAGGUUUCCGAGCCAACGGCUUGGGUGGUGUGACGUUUGAGUUCGUAUCCACAGAACUGGGGGAGUACCUCGCACGCCGAAGGCAAUGCCUGGUAGGGGCGCGCUUCGACCUGACGGAGGACAUCGUGAAGAGGUGUUUGGUGAAGACAGUGACUGCUCCGCCUUUGGGGGCAGCCGUGGGGAGAGCCAACCAGAGCGAGGACCUGGUUUGGAGAAAGCCUUUCAAGAUGGUCAUUGAGCCGGGCAUCCCGCGGGCGCCUUUGCUACCGCAGGUGGUGGGUCAUGUUUGGGAGUCACCUGAAGGUGAACGAAAGAACGUGCACGGGCUGGCAGGUCCAGGGCGCUGGCCGCUGAGGUACAAUGACGGGGAGUUCGAGGUGCUGGAGGUCUUUGAUCGUCGAGGGCGACCGGGCCAUCUUCGAGUGCUUCAACCACUUGAGGUCUGGCAAUGUCAGGGGAGGUCCUGUGAAGCGUGGGACGAGCUCCUUCACCAGGGGAAAACGGUGCAGGAGAUAGCGAACCAGGGCAACAGGGCGACGGGGCUUCAGGUGGCAUCUAACCUCCUGGUGAUGGCUGGAGCUCUGGUCGAGUUCGGGGAGAUCCUCGAAGACGAUCACAAUGCAGGGGCAUUGGGCUAUGAGCCGUAUGAUUUGUCCAUGGCCAAACUUCUGGCAUGGCUGCGAAAGUGGAAAUGGCGCCAUUUUGGUGUAGGUGAUCUUCACGGAGGUGAUGGGCGUGCCGGAGGGGACAUCCACAAACGCAUAGUUUCGAGAGCGGGGGAGGCUUUAUGGGUUUGGUGCCUGGAGAUUGAGUCCGAGGAGAACCACGACGAGAGCGAGAUCGUGGAGACCUUCAGGGACACCUCAGCGGGGGGGAGACGACCCAAGUUGACGAAGCCGGCCCAUCUACCUGCAGGGCAACAUGUGUUGCUGGAGCCAAGGAAGGUGCCUUUUGAUGGGGCAAUCCAAACACAGGUGGAGGAGUGGCUUGAAGAGAACAUCGCAGGUAGCAAGGCUACGAGUACCCUGAGAAUGUACCGGUCGGCGUGGGAAAAAUGGGAGGCCUGGGCAUCCCGCCAAAGAUGGCCUUCGUGCUACCUCGACGUGAAGGGCGACAAGCUUGCGAAUGAGGACAAGCUCUUGGCGUUCCUCGGCUACUUGGGCUGGCUUGGUUCCACGGCGGCCUCCAUCAAGCAGGCUUUGUUCGCGGUGAAGGACGGUCACAAGCGUGGAGGAGCAGGCGACCCGACCGAAGGCAUGUUCAGGGUGUGGAUGCUGGUCACGUCACUAGAUCGACAUGCUGAACGAAAGCCAAGGAGACUGGGGGUGACACCAGGCAUGCUGUUGUGGAUUGGCAGGAGCCUGUGCAACAGCGACUUGUUCGGAGAGGACCAGGUCGACAAGGCAAUGGUGCAGGCUGCGCUUUUGGUGGCUUGGUUCUUCAUGCUCCGAGCCAAGGAGUACUGUGACUCAGGAGGUGUUGAUGCACACAUGAUCCUCCGAGGCAUGGACGUCCGACUCACGAAGGACGGCUGUGAUGUGAAGACAGGAGCGAAUGAGGUGACCAUUCAGUUCCGCAAAACAAAGGCUGAUCAGGAGGCUUUCGGGUCGUGCAAAAACAUGGGGGCCACAGGUGAACUUCACCUAUGUCCAGUGCACGCUCUCGAAGAGCUACGUGAAGUGGCCCAAAGACGGUUUUCCCCGGGACCUGAAGCUCACCUACCUCUGUUCCGGUGGGGCAAUGGGACAACCCUUCGUCGAACAGAAGUACAAGCAGUACUCCAGAAAGCAGCAAGAGCGGAAGGGCUGCCUGAAGAUCGCUUCAUGAGCCACAGCCUUCGAAUCGGAGGAGCAAGCGCCCUGUUCCAGGCCUCAGGAGAGAUCGAGUUGGUUAAGAGAAUGGGAAGGUGGAGCAGCUCCGCGGUGCAAAGGUACCUCUAUGAUGGGGGCGAAGUGCUGAAGGAGUUGUCGGGCCGGAUGGCCAGGGUCGACAAGAGGAUCCACUAUACGUAG